CUCGAGUCACCGACCCACUCUCAGCUUCAAUUCUAGACUUUGACCAAGAUGCUGGUCUUGAGCCGAAGUGCUGCGCGUGCAGGCACGCGGGCGUUGACGCGCGUGGCGGGGGCGAACACUGGCGUAAAUGUGCAGGCUAGGACGUUCCUCACCAUCGUUGAACAAGGCUAUGAGGCAUGGAGGCUGACAUUGGGGUCAAACCCUGUGAAGCUCGAGCCAGGCCUGAAGCUUUCUGUGCCGCUUCUACACAAGGUACAGCACAUCAACAUGAGGGAGAAGUCGGUCAACAUAAAAGACCUCAUGGGUUUCACAAGUGACAACGUCCCAGUCGUCAUCUCUGGGUCUCUCUUCUUCCGCGUCAGAGAUUCAUACCAUGCCUGCUUCUCGGUGGACAACUUCGAAGCAAACGUGGCCAACAUUGGCACAUCUGCUAUGCGUUCAGUCAUCGGACACUUUUCUUAUGAUGAAGUUAUUGGCGACCGCAACAAGACCAACAGUAAACUGCAUGAAGUUAUCGGAAACAGCAUCAGCAGAUGGGGCGUUGAUUGCACUCGAUUCGAAAUCCAAAAUUUCAAGCCGUCAAAUCGGGAUGUCGAAAAGCAGCUCGAGCUUCAGAUGACCGCAGAACGGGACAGGCGCAAGCAAAUUCUUGACACCCGGGCUCUGGUCAAUGUCGCCGAAGGUCACAAACAGCGGGUCAUCCUCGAGUCCGAAGCAAGUCUCCAAUCCAAGCUUAACGAAGCCGCCGGCCAGAAGCGCAAGCUCGUGCUGGAAUCAGAGGGCAUGCUCGAAGCUGCGAAGAACGAAGGCGAGGCACUUGCUCGCCAGGUCGACAUCCUGGCUCAGUCAUUGACUGAGCCCAAGACUACUCCUUCGGAUGCCGACCGGGUCAAGGCACUCGAUGCACUCUUGGAGUUGAGGCGUCUUGAACAGCUGAAGGCCAUAGCAUCAAGCAACGGCAACUCUACGUAUUUCUUUGGCAAUGCUAAGGGCACCGGUCGCGACUCUUACGAAGUUGACAAUGUUGAACGAUGGAAGAGAACCCUGCUUAAUCAGCAACGCGCCAUGAAUUCUUCAGCAACUCCACUUUAGCCAUCAGCUACCGUCGAGUUGAGGCCUAUACCUAUCCCCUACUCAUAUCCUUCCAUUCUAAGAAGCAUGUACACUACCUCACCACUCAAUCACUUUACAUUGCGUUAUCUCUCAGCCUUCCAACUUAAGCGGUCUUCC